AUGUCGCCUGUUUCCGGCCAAAUGAUUGAGUACAUCCAGGACCGCCUCUACCUGGCAUCCUAUGAUUCGACUCCAAGCUCCAAAACGCAUUUCCCAUAUCCGCUCGAGGCGCCCAAAUCACCCAGCAAGCGAGCGCGGGCUCAACCACCCACCACGCCGACGACCAAGCGCCGCUCCCCAGUAUACUUCACUGUGGAUGACACGCUCUUGUACAAUGCUUUCCACGCCGACUUUGGCCCCCUCCACAUUGGGCAUCUCUAUCGUUUUGCUGUUCUGUUCCACGAGAUCCUCGGUGACCCAAACAACAGCGACCGUCCCGUUGUCUUCUACAGUAAAACCGACCCCGGAGCCUCGUGGCCACCCCACUUGGCGCUGGCACCCAUCGCCCAAGCUGACCCACCAUAUAUGCCCUUCCGGGAUGCAGGAUACAGCCAAGCGGAUUUUAUCCUGAACAUUCAAGAUGUGGUUUAUGGCGUGUGGAAAGCAAAGGAGGAGGGUCUCUGUGGGUUGCGCGAUUUUAACCUUGAAGAAUAUGAGAAAUUUGAGAGAGUGGACAUGGGUGACUUCAAUUGGAUCACUCCAAGCUUUUUGGCUUUCGCAUCACCCCAACAACAACCUGUUGCACCCAUUCCUGUCAACACCCCCGAAUACGACGCUCUGCCUUCGACUCUUAGCGAGGUUUGCUCCUCGAAGCUUCCACUGCCUUUCAAGAACGUGCUCGCUCACUUUUCGUCCCGCAAUGUCGGUCUUGUCGUCCGUUUAAAUUCGGAGCUAUACUGUCCUUCAUACUUUACCGCUAUGGGUAUCCAUCACAUUGAUAUGAUUUUCGAGGACGGUACCUGCCCUCCAUUGCAGCUGGUCCGCAAGUUCAUUAAACUUGCUCAUGACAUGAUUACCGUCAAGAACAAGGGUAUUGCUGUCCACUGCAAGGCUGGUCUGGGUAGAACGGGAUGUUUGAUUGGUGCAUACCUUAUCUAUCGUUAUGGCUUCACAGCCAAUGAGGUCAUCGCUUUCAUGCGGUUCAUGCGCCCAGGUAUGGUCGUGGGACCUCAGCAGCACUGGCUCCAUCUGAACCAAGGGUCAUUCCGUGAAUGGUGGUUUGAGGACAGCAUGCGCGAAAAGCUGGCCCAGUCGAACCCGGUCACCCCAGCUCCAACGGUGUCUCCACCCAACAACAGCCACUCCAAGCGGGCUGCACUUGGAGAAAUUGACCACAACGAGACCGCAUCCGCUCAGUAUGAAGAGAAUCUUCCAGCACCAACCCCUGGCCAACCUCGCAAGUCUCAUCGCAAGGAUUCCCGCCACCACCCUUACUCCCGGACCGCAUCAGGCAGUUUGGCAGUAGAGCAUGAGCAGUAUAGCCGUCGCAGCCGACACAGCAAUGAGGGCAGCGAGAGCGAAGAGGAGAUUCAACUUCGUAUGCUGGCCAAACAACGCUCAUCAAAGUCCCCUGUGGCAUCUCCUGGGGCACGAUCUAUCAGCUACUCGGCCACUGUCACAGCCAGCUACACCGUUGCAGAUGGUAUCCAUGAGGAUCAGGAAAACUGGGUUGAAAACCCGUCUCCCAAGACUCCUGCUGCUCGGAAAAGCACUGCUGCGCCAAUUUCGGUCAGCAAGCAACGGGCAAGCCCUCGACGCACAACCGAAGGCAACAGAAGCGAGUCACGAGGAGUGCGCAAGCCUAGUGGCCGCAUUGGGAGCACAUCUAGUCCUGCUCGCACCGUCCGGCCAGUCCAGUAG